CAGAAAAGAAGCUUAACAAUAUGAAAAAAAUUACAAGACUGGUGAAAGAAACCCCGGCAGACUUGAAACUCACCCCAUUUCAGACUCAACAAUUUCAGGCCUGCAGCUCUCAAGUCCUCACAAGAAUGGACAAUCCUAGCUCCUUAUCCUGGAGUGAUAGAUUCGAAAAGGAGAUCGACUCUACAAAUAAUAGUACAGGCACAGCCGCAUCCCACGAAAUGGGAAAGAAACUUUAG